AGGACGAAAGUAGCCCUCAAGUACUUGUCAGCCUAUAUAUAUAAGGCCACAACUUCCUCCUGUUUUUCUUAUCAAAAUACACACACAUUACAGCACUCCUAAAUCUGUUGUUUAAUUAGAAUUUGAUUAUCAUCAUCAGAAGAAGAGAAAAAUGGGAGACAGCACCAUGACAUGCAUAGACAUUCUUCUGGCCAUCAUCUUGCCUCCCCUUGGUGUUUUCCUCAAGUUUAACUGCGAGGUGGAGUUUUGGAUCUGUGUUUUGCUGACUCUCUUUGGGUGGCUACCUGGUAUUAUCUAUGCUAUUUGGGUCCUCACCAAGUGAUCAGCAUAUGGUGGAUAUGUGAAGACCAUUACUACUAAGUAUCUUCAUUUCCGCUAAUGGAGUCAUCUAGAUGCCUUUUUCAGAUUUAUUUUUGGCUUUAGGUUAUUUUCUCCUUUGGAUAGAUUGUUUGAUGAAAGAUAUAAAAUAUCUUGUUGCUAUUUUAUAAGUCAUUUGGGAUUGUAAUGUAACUUCCACUCUGUAUUUUAUUGGAUAUUAUAUAAUAUGCUACUACUAUUAAACUA